AUGCUUGUAUUUCAGAAGAAAGGAUGGCCCAAGUCCCGGAGAAAGACUUUCCCGGGUUGUAGAACAUUUACAUCUCAAAGCGGCCGAGAUUUUCGGGAGGCGCCCUGGAACGUGCACCUCCCUGCGGGCGCUGCAACCCAGAGCCAAGACACGGAGCGGGCUCUGGCUUUUCAGGGGGCGGCCACCCACUUAUCGCCGGAACCGCAAGGCAGGUGGGACAGAGCGCCCGGCCCGGGAGUCCUUGCUGGGAAGAAGGCCUUGCCGACGUNCCCUGCGGGCGCUGCAACCCAGAGCCAAGACACGGAGCGGGCUCUGGCUUUUCAGGGGGCGGCCACCCACUUAUCGCCGGAACCGCAAGGCAGGUGGGACAGAGCGCCCGGCCCGGGAGUCCUUGCUGGGAAGAAGGCCUUGCCGACCUGCUUUCAAACAACAAAGUCGGCGGAGAAGCAUCCGCUGAGUCUCAGGGCUAAGUCUCUCCGAGCACGCCUCCCACGCCGGGGCCCAGAGAGGCUGCCUGUCCGGAAACGCGCGGUUGGUCUGGUCAUCCGUCAAUCAGUUCCCUCCAGUAGGAAGUUCUCAAGGGUUAUCUGGCUGAUCCACUGUGGAUGGAAAAACAGGGCUGGGCCGGCUGUGUGGAAAGCCACUGAAAGCGGAGGAAACCGGUCACCACAGCGUGACUAUCAGCUGAGAGAUCGCCGUCUGGCCACCCGAGAGAACCGCGCGCUCGCUUCCAGACCCGCGCGCCCCUGCAGACCCGAGUGCCCCUCCAAACCCGCGUCCCUGGGGACCCGCAACCCCUCCGGACCCGCAACCCCCUGGACCCGCGCGCCCCUCCGGACCCGCGCGUCGCUGCAGCCUCCGGCGGCCGCUCCCGCGAUGCUCGAAAGCGCAGAGCUGAACUUCAACGCCGACCACGGCUACCUGGAGGGCUUGGUGCGCGGCUGCAAGGCCGGCCUCCUGACCCGGCAGGACUACGUCAACCUGGUCCAGUGUGAGAACCUGGAAGAUCUGAAAAUUCAUCUCCAGACCACCGAUUAUGGCAACUUCUUGGCUAAUCAAGCCGCUCCUCUUACUGUUUCCAUUAUUGACACGGAGAUGAGGAAAAAGCUGUGCAGAGAGUUUGAGUAUUUCCGGAAUCACUCCUUGGAGCCGCUAAGCACCUUUUUCACAUACAUGACGUGCAGUUACAUGAUAGACAACGUGAUUCUCCUGAUGAACGGCGCUCUGCAGAGCAAACCCGUGAAGGACAUCCUGGGGAAGUGCCACCCUCUAGGCCACUUCACGGAAAUGGAGGCGGUCAACAUUGCAGAGACGCCUUCAGACCUCUUCAACGCCAUUCUGGUCGAGACACCCUUAGCUCCAUUCUUUCAAGACUGUACAUCUGAAAAUGCUCUAGAUGAACUGAAUAUUGAAAUCCUGCGUAAUAAACUGUACAAGUCCUACAUCGAGGCAUUCUACAAAUUCUGUAAGAAUCAUGGUGAUGUCACAGCAGAAGUCAUGUGUCCCAUUCUGGAGUUUGAGGCUGACCGGCGUGCUUUUAUCAUCACUCUGAACUCCUUUGGCACCGAGUUGAGCAAAGAGGACCGGGAGACCCUCUACCCGACCUGCGGCAAGCUCUUCCCCGAGGGGCUGCGCCUGCUUGCCCAAGCCGAGGACUUCGAGCAGAUGAAGAGGGUAGCAGACAGUUACGGAGCGUACAAGCCUCUGUUUGAGGCUGUAAGUGCCAGCAGUGGGGGAAAGACCCUGGAGGAUGUGUUUUAUGAGCGUGAGGUACAGAUGAACUUGCUGGCAUUUAACAGGCAAUUCCACUAUGGCGUGUUUUACGCAUACACCAAGCUGAAGGAACAAGAAAUGAGAAAUAUCGUGUGGAUAGCUGAAUGCAUUUCGCAGAGACAGCGAACUAAAAUCAACAGUUACAUUCCAAUCUUAUAACCCAGUGAGGGGCCUCAAAUGCAGAAAAUCAUAAAUGUUAAGAGGAGGUUAGGGAAAUAAAGGAGUUGUGUCGUAUUAUCUAGAUCACGCAAAAGUAAGCAACGCUGCACUUCAUGAAUUGUACACCCACUGGAAGCACAGCAAAGCAACCCGGAAACAAAGCAUAUCUUUUUCUAGGAGCCUUAAAUCUCAUUAUGCCUCAUUCUUCACUGGGUCUUAGACAUUAAUUUUAAUUAACCUCUGGUACUUUCCCUAUUCUCAUUUUCUUCUUAUGAAAUCAAAUCUAUUAAAAGUGUUUUGCUUUCCCAUGUUUAUUCACAGGCCCAAAUACUGAGUGUCUCCUUUACUCGUUAACUGUCCAUUCCUUAUCUAUGUCCACAGAAAUCCAGAGUAGUACAUAGGCAUCAAGGACCACACUUGGUGGAAAACACCAUAGUUUUUCCUAACACACUUUGAUCUGGUAGGCUUGGGAAAGCUACACAGUUCCAAAUCAUAUUCCAUAGGUGCAGGUAGUGUUAAAUUUUUUACUGAGGCUACCAAUUAUAACUUAUUUUCUCACAACUUUCAUUGAAUAAAAGGUAUACCUCUCUUUCUUACAGUUCCUUCAUAUUAAUACUUUGGGAAGAAAAAGUUGUUAUAUUUUAUUUGUUCAGAAACAUAAAUCAUAGGUUCACAGGAUAUGGCAUCUCUAUAAAACUCCAGAUUACCAGAGAAAGAAAAAUCAACAAACACUGUUCCAGUGCUUUCUUUAAAAAUAAAAAAUUCAUAAAUAGAAAAA